AUGGAAACUGCGACGAACGUGCCCGCCCGCCUGGAAGACUACGUGGGCUUCUACGGCGACCCAUUUGUGACCCUACGAGAUCUUGACGAUGAUGAGACGAAGCCUACCCUGGCCAUCACCAGCAGAGAAAUAACAGCUCAGAAUUCCGCCGAUGAAAAUGAUGCAACGCAGGCGAAUCCGGUACAAGAGGAUGAGGAUGAGGAUGAGGCCCGGUGGACUGAAUACAACCCGCCGGCGUCCCUCAGAACAGCGCCAAACCUCACUAAUACGGUAGCCCUCGAGAUCCUACAGGUCUCCAUCGGGAACCUCCAGGCGAGAGCCGCCGAGGCAAAUCAGCGGCGGCAGCUAGAGGAAGAUGAGAGACAGCGGGAAGCCGAAGCAGCAAAUGCAAAUCACGAGGGAGACGGCACGGUGAAGGAACCGUAUCUGCCCAUCAUCAUCACUAGCCCUGAUGGAGAACCCGGUCCAUCGUCGGCGUUCGAGACAGGGGAAGAUGAUGUCGAGGACCUCAAACUGUUUCCCGAGAUGACGGGAGCGGGCGAGGGCAGCACGUUGUCUCAGGGGCUCAUCGUCUUGCCACCCCAGCCCAAGAAAAGAAGCCGCUUCGCCCUGACGAGAAUCUUGCAAAUGGUUGGUGAAAAGGAUACUGCGAAGAAGAUUUCCCUUUUCGGCGGUAACUCGAGCAAGACGAGCCUGGAGGCAGCAGCGUCUGCUGAAACUGCUGCUACCGUCACAGAGAAGCUAAAGAAAGCUCCCGUUACGGUCGAAUGCGUCUCAUGCCUCGAUGACUUCAGCCCCAAGAAAGUAAUCAAAGUCACAUGCCACAGCUACUGCCCCGACUGCUUCGAACGCCUCAUCUCCACCGCCGUCCAAAACGAACACCACUGGCCCCCCAAAUGCUGCCUCAACCCGAUCCCAACCCGCCUCUUCCUCCGCAAGAUCUCCCCCGAUCUAGCAAAGACCUGCAAAGACCGCGCCGCCGAGUGGGCCAUCCCCGUCGCCGACCGCAUCUACUGCGCCGAACCGGCCUGCGGCCUCUGGGUACGCCCGGAACACGUCGACGCCGCAUCCCGCAUCGCCCGGUGCCGCGAGGGCCACCGCAGCUGCAGCAUGUGCCGGGGACCCCACCACGCCGACGACGCAGACUGCCCUCUCGACCGCGACCUCGCGUUGACCAACGCCCUCGCCCAAGAGGAGGGAUGGCAGCACUGCGGCCGGUGCCAGGCGCUCGUCGAGCACCGCGAGGCGUGCCAGCACAUGACGUGCCGGUGCGGCUAUCAGUUCUGCUACGUCUGCGGCCUGCGGUGGCGGACAUGCACUUGUACGAUGAACCAGCUCGAACUCAUCAAGCAUGGGGCCGCGGCGCGGCGGCGGGAGAGGUUGCAGCGCGAGGCUGAGGCCGAGGAGGAGCUCCGUGACGCGCUGCGGCAGAUUGAAGAGUUUGAGCGCGAGGAGGCGCUGAAAGCCGAGCUGCUGCGUCUCGAGAUGGAGAGGGUGGAGGAAGAAGCGCGCAUUGCGUGGGAGGAGGAGCGUGUUCGGCUCGAAAGUCUGAGGCGGUACGAGGUCGAGGUUAGGUUCCAGGAGCUACGGGAGCUGCUGGACGAGAUCCACGACCUGCAGGAGUUCUUAGUGCGGCACCAGCACGACAAGGAAAGGGAGCUCGCGGCCAACGAGGAAGCGACGUCGACGGCGGAGCUCGAGUCGAAGCAGGAGACCGAGCAGCGAGCCCUCGUCGAGACGGCCGCGGAUAAGCUGGCCGCCAAAGUAAAGACCCUGGCGACGGAGUACGGGGCGCGUGUGUUGGCGGAGCAGAGGACGGAGGAGGCGUACCUCCGUCAGCUGGAGAGCUUCUUCGCGGACCGGCCGUCGAGCGAGGCGCGCAUUGAGGCGCUGAUGCGGGAGUUCCGCGGGACGAUGGAUAAGGGGUGGCGGGCGUGGGAGCGGUGGCGGGACGAGGAGGUGGCGCGGUAUAAGCUCAAAGUCGAGGAGGAGCGGACGAUCCGGGAGGAGAUUAUGUACAGCGUGCGGAAGCGUCACGAGGAGAGGCUCGAGACGGCGCGGGUCGAGCUCGAGAGGAGGCAGGCUGCUGAGAUAAAGUGGGUUACGUUGGUUUUUGCGGAGAGGACGCGGAUGCUGGGUGCGAUGGAGAGCGCGGAGCUGGAGGGGGAGGGGUUGGAGAGGAAUGAGGCUUUGAUUGGGGUGAGGGAUGAUGAGGCUGGUUCUAGUUGA